CAGUAUGGCUUCGAUGGCCUGAAGAGUGCAGUCGUAAUGACAUGUUGUCUGUUUCUUCUGUAUUUAGGACAUUGUUGUACUUGACUUUAAUAUGUGAUAGUAAAUUCUAAGAAGUUGUCAUAAUGUUGUACCGGGGCAGUUGAUAUUGGGCUUUAAAUGAAGUUAAUGUAAACGUUCAAGAUUUGUAUUUUACGAGGAUAAUCCGUAUUUAUGUAUGAUUCAAAUACAAAGUUGAUAUGCAUACGUAAAACUCAACCUUAUUUCUAUAAAUGGAUUAUACAUAUUGUGAUGGAAUGCAAAAUCAUUUUCAGACAAUGACUGAAAUAAUUUAAAAGUCAUGAGUGUUUUCUUAUGAACUCAAGGAAAAGAUGCUUUGACUUGGGUAUUGGAUAGAACUUCAUUGGUGUUCGUUUAGUUUCUAUCCAUUAGAAAUAAAUGUUGGAAAUGUCCGAAUACCAGUGGGCAUAUUCACUUGUGGAUUCAUCACGGGUGUCAACUUUCCUCAUUUCUAUACUUCUCAUAGUGUAUGGUAGCUUCAGGUCUCUGAACAUGGAACAAGAAGCAAAACAGAAGGAAAAAGAACGGAAUGGGCAAUCUGAUAACAGUUUUAAGAAAUAGUGUCUUGCUUUUGUUGUCACUGGUGUGAAAAUGUGCAAACUUUGGACACGAUGCAGGCAUUGUGUCUACCACUUGGGGCCUCGAUUUCUCUUCUCGUCAUGUUUUUCUUUUUCGAUUCCAUGCAGAUGCUCUUCGCUAUAUGUACAGCAAUCAUAGCAACCAUAGCAUUAGCUUUUCUACUACUGCCAAUGUGUCAAUAUAUCAUUCGACCGUGUUCUGAUGGAAACAAAAUAUCAUUUGGUAUGUGUGGGAGAUUUACAGCAGCUGAACUAGUUUCUUUUGCCUUGUCAGUCACAAUAGUCUGUAUAUGGGUUUUGACUGGACAUUGGUUGCUUAUGGAUGCCAUGGGGAUGGGCCUCUGUGUUGCAUUUAUAGCCUUUGUCCGUCUACCCAGUCUUAAAGUUUCUACCCUGUUGCUGACAGGACUUUUAAUAUAUGAUGUGUUUUGGGUAUUUUUCUCAUCCUACAUAUUUAAUGCUAAUGUGAUGGUAAAAGUUGCAACAAGACCAGCUGAAAAUCCGGUUGGCAUUGUUGCUAAAAAACUACAUUUGGGUGGAGUUGUUCGAGAAGCUCCAAAGUUAUCUCUUCCGGGAAAAUUAGUUUUCCCCAGCAUGCACAACAAUGGCCAUUUUUCAAUGUUGGGACUAGGGGACAUAGUGAUGCCUGGUCUGCUGCUGUGUUUUGUAUUGCGAUACGAUGCAUACAAAAAGGCCCAAAUUAGUUUAGCAGAGACGGGAGUUCCUCCGCCUAAUCAACUAAACAAAAUUUCAUAUUUUCAUUGCUCUCUCAUAGGAUACUUUUUAGGUUUAUUGACUGCCACAGUUUCAUCAGAAGUAUUCAAAGCAGCUCAACCCGCAUUAUUGUACCUUGUCCCUUUCACUCUUUUACCGUUACUCACCAUGGCAUACCUCAAGGGAGAUCUGCGCCGAAUGUGGAGUGAACCUUUCAUUGUAACAAUACCUUCAAAACACCAAGAAGUUUGACAGCUCCUCAGUAGCAGUUGCUUUUUAUUGUCCAAAGUUGCUGCUGCUAAUUUUAUAUAGAAAAUGUGAGACUCAAGUGAAUAUUAUUAUUCAUGACAGAUUUCUGACUGUUUCAGCACAGGUGAUUGCUGCUCAUAGUUGUAACAUUAAUCAUGGAGAAUGCAAAAUUACUGCUGUUUGAUUUAGCUCACAAAAAAUUUGACAUUCUCUUUCAUGACAAUUCAGUGGUUCUGAAUACUUGUUUAAAAAUAUUCAGUGUGAAUACUUGUUUUGGGGGUUAUUAAUUAUAUUGUAAAGACAAGCAUUUAAUCUAUACGAAUAUGUUAUUUUUAAAAAAUUUCCUCUAUGUUUGAAAUUUGAUUUAGUCAAAAAUUAAAUGAAAAGAGAAAGCCCUAAUAAUCAAUUAAUCCCUAAUCAAUUUGUUUCUCAUCUGAAAAAAAAAAAAAAAAAAAAACUCAAAAGUUGUAAAUAUGUAAAUAAAUUGAGAUUUAUUUAUUAAUACAAUGGUAGGAUAUUCUUUGUGUAUAAACAGGCAUGGUUUUUUAUGCUUUUUGAAAUUGAUAUCCUAUGAGGUUUCUAUAACAUGUUUUAAAGCAAAAGUAUUCUAUGCAUUUAAAAGGGACAAGAGCUUAGUUCAGUAAUUUAGUUGACAGAAAUGUGGUGAUUUAUUUUACCAGAUGAAAAAAUGGGAGCAUAAAAAGUUACAUUAAAUAGUUUCUUUUGAGUGUUUCAUAUCAGUUUGAUGUGAUGCACAAGAAAAUCAUGUUUCAUAUUGUAAUAAAUCAUACACAGUACAUUUACAGAAAGUUUUAAAGAAAAGAAUUUUUUAGUAAUCCCAGUGAUGUUGCCAAAUGAUUUAGAAAUAGCUAUUAUUAAUCUCAUGCAUAUUAUUAAUUACAUCUCAAAAUGCUUCCUGUAAAAAAAAAAAAAAAAAAAAAAAAAAAAAAAAAAAAAAAAACUGUUCUUUAUCUUAUGAUGAGCAUUUUGUUCAAGCCUUAAUCAUUAACAUGCAUGAUAGUCCUCUUAAAAUGUUUCCCCUACUGAAAUUAAAUAACAAACGAAGUUUUUAAGUUUGAAAUAUUUUUCAUGGUUCCCUACCCAUUUACAUGCGUAAUAUUUAAUGAAAUUAAGUAACAAAUAGAAUUUAAAUUUGAAAAAAUAUGUCAGAUUCCUUACUAUUACUGUUGAACACUGACCGCUGACUACAAACUGUCAUUUUAUUAAGAACACUGCUUGAAAAUUAUUGUAUGCUUUUGGAAAAAAAAAUAUUAAAUGCAAUUCUUUGUUUGACUUUAUGCAGCUGAUAUUUAUUAUUAUUAAAUCAGAACUGAGCAAUAAGAAGCAGUAGAACAGUAACUGUGAAUUUAAAUAGGUCAGGAGUGGUGGUGGUGGGGAAAGGUUAUUUUACUCUUGACUUGGACAAAAUUACAUAAUCAUGAUAAGUGACAAGUGUAUUUUGACCACAGAAUCUUCAGUUUUAGAUGAUCCAAAUACAUGCUAGGUUCAUAAUUAUCUUUAAAGAAAGCAGAGGAAUUUACAUCUGAUGGAGAUAUUGUAAGUUCUAUGUUUGUAAUAGAACAUGAAGUAGAUUUUUAUGAAGAAUUUAAAUUAAUAUGCCAGAAAAAGAUUCAGCUAGUAUAUAUAUUUUUGUUGCAUGUCCUGAAACACUGUAGAUGUACUCUGUAUGCUGGAAUUCAAAAGGUGAUUUUAGAAACUUGAAUUUUAUUAAAAAGUACUGCAAUCAUGUAGGUUAAUUUACAGUUCUUUUGGUGUGUUUAUAUCAAAUCAAACUUGUUUAAAAAACUUAAAAAGCCCUUAGUUCAUAUCUUUAGGCCUUUAAUCCUCUCUGUGCAAAAAUUUUUUGAUCUACUUUGAAGUGCUAUUUUUGUGUGAUAUUUAUUAUCUAAAUUUUUCUUCAAUUGUAUAUUUUACUUUGUGUUUUCAUGAAAUGAUACUAUGAAGAAAAUACCUUUGUGUAGUUAAUAGUAAGAAUUUAAGUAAUAUAACAAGUAAAGAAUUUAACAUAAAAAUUAGCAUGAAUGAGCAAGAAAGUACUGCUGAUUGCAGUUUCUUUGAAACUUAGUUCAGUUCUAUUGAAGUAUUGCUGCCCCUUGCAAUAUAAAAUUAGUGUUAUAUGUGGAUUAAAAUAAUUCUCAGUUAAGGAGGGAAAAGUAUUCUGGACUGAGGUACAUGACAUAUGGGAUUAGAAACAUCUUUUAAUAAUUACAACAAAGUACAAAUGCUUAUAAAAAUUGUCAAGUAUAUUUUAUUAAUAUAAACUAUAUUAAUUUGAUUAUUGGAAAACAUGAAAUAUUAAAUUUUUUUAAACCCCUUCUUUUGAAAAUAAUUUGAAUGGCAGGAUGCUGAGAAAAGCUUGCCAGCCAUAGAAAUGUUAAAUUUAAAAAAUCUUAUUUAUCAUUGUUGAUGGUAUUUUUUAGGCUGUUAGAUACUUUGGAAGUAUAAUCUAAUACCAUCAAAAUUGUCUCCCUUGGCCAAAGAGGCAGAAAUAUUUGAAAAAAAUAAUGUUAUGCAAAUUGUUAACAUAUCUUAUGAUCAAAUAAAUGUAGUUAUGUCAUUCAAGAGUAUACAAAAUAUACCAUUGCUAGUUCAUUGUACAUGAGAGACACAAAAAUCAAGCAGAUUUGCAGCAGAGGUAAAAACUAAGUUAUACCUAUGAAACAAUUUUAAAUAAUGUAACUUACUGAUAGAAAAUAGCUGAGAUAUUUUAUUGUUUCCAUAUCAUGGGAAUUCAACCGAGGCUGGUUUUUACACCUCUAGUGCUGGGUUUAAAAUUCCAAAAUAAGACAUGGAUACUUAUGUAAUAAAUAUUUUUAUAUUAACAAAACUAUCUCAGCUGAUGUUUUUGAGUUCAGUAUAGUCUCAGUUUUUAUUUACUUGUUAAUUAUUUACUCAGCAUUUGCUUCAGCAACCAUAUUAAGGAAUAAUAAAUGAGCUAUUCGUAAGUUGACUUUAGUUACUGCUUCAUAAUUACUUUUUAAUUUUACGAAUAAAUUUCACAGUAAUGAUGCAUUCUGUUUUAAACUUUUAAAUUUUAAUGGUUGUUCAUUUUCUGUGAGAUUUGAAUGCCAUGUUGCAUGCUUAGUUUAGUAAUGAUGAUGUAUAUUGCACUCUUUGCUUUCAUCUCAUAGCCAUAAAACUUUUUCAAUUAAUUCUAUGGUAAAUUCUAUGGUCCAUUUAUAAAUCCAUUAAUAAUGGUCCAUUAAUAAAUCCAUUAAUUUUCAAUUAAUUCUAUGGUCCAUUCUGCUUUAGAAGCACACACUCAAGGUCUGCUUUUAUCUUAUUUGAUUUUGAGAGUAACAUGAUGAUGGUAGGUAAUGAAUGAAAUACAAAGAACAAAAUAUCACAUAAUACUUUGACAGACCGUACCAAGCGCACCUCUGUAGCAAAAAUGUCAACACACUCGUGAAGGUAGGUAAUGAAUAAAAUAAAAAGAACAAAAUAUCACCGAGUACCUUGACAGACAAUACUACAUGCACUGCUACAGCAAAACUGUCAAUAUACUCAUAUGUCGUGCAAUGCACAAACAUUCGUCUAUUGGGAAUAAUUUUUAAAAACAACGACAAAUGGGAAUAGGGCCACUCACAAUCAUUCUUUUCAACUCAACUAUCAGCCAUUGUGUAAUUUUAUGUAUUUUUUAUGUAGAAAACAAUAUUCCAAGGGCCAGAUUAAAAACAAGUGGUGAGCCGUAGUUUGCCGACCUCUGGGCUAAACAAAACCAUUAACUUCCCAAUAAAAUAAACAAAUUAUUCCAAAUUCUAUUUGUUUAACCAAACAUUCUUAACUUUAGAGUAAUAAUAUUUAUUUUUUAUUAAUAAAUGUACUUCAAAAUCGCAUUGCUUUUUAGUGAAAUAUAUUCCAAUAAUUUUUAUUUGUAAAACAAUGUACAAAUUUUUCUUUGUUUGAGAAUGUUCAAGGUACAGCAGUUUAAUGCUCUGACAUUCACUUUAUAUAUGCAAUAACAUGGAAAUAUUGGCGUGUCCUACUAACAACUGGAAUUAUUCUAAUUUGUGCACAAGUUCUGCUUUUUAAUUAUUAAAUUCAUUAUUUAAUAUAUACAUUACUCAGCUCUUUAGUUUUGUUUAUUUAUAACCGACAUCUCAAUGAAUAAUUGAAAUUCAUUUUUAUUUGAGAAUUGGUAUGAAAUUUUAUUUUUGCAACUUAGAACAUUUCUGAAUUGCUAAAAAUGCAUACUUUCAAUGUGGAAUAUUGUUUUGAUAUCUCAUACUGUCUUCUAUUCACAGAUGUUAGAAGUUUAAAUGAGAUUCAAAAAAUGGUAAGAAAUCAAGUUUCCUUUUUAAUGGAAUAAUUUUCAAAUAUUUAUAAAUUUUCUUAUAAAUUACUGUUUCUAAAUUUUAAACGGAGUUAAUGACUCAGUAGGACUUCAGAUACCCAUAUUGCUUGAUCUCCUUUCAACAUCAGGUAAAAUUAACCUUUUUGUUUAUUAAUUUAUAUUUUUAAGAAUUAUUCUACCAUUUUAAAUAGGUAAACACAAACAGAAUGUACUACCUUGCUUUAAAUUGAAUCAAGAAGCUUAUCCUAAAUAAUGCCUACAUGCAACCAACAAUCACCCCCCCCCAAAUCCAAAAGUAUUGCGACAUAAUCAUGAAAUCAAUUGGGAGAAUUUUCACAUAUGUGUUCAAGCUCAUGGGUACAGUGAAACUAGGUAACAUAAGUUUAUAUUUGAUUUCUCUUUAGACAUUAUUCGUACUAUGGAUUAAAUAUCACUGUUACACAUUCUAAGCAUUCAUAGUAUAAUAUAGUUUUAGCAUUCAUAUUAACAAAUUUUAGAGAUUUAUACUCUAAGCCACUGUUAGUCAUAGAAGGUUAAUUUCAUACAUUCUUAUCUGCUCGAGAUAUGCAGCAUAGCAUUUGGUUUCUCAUUUGAAAGACCCACACUGCAAAUUCAAAUGGCCAGAGAACAUGAACGUCAUUUGAAGAACAUUCCUGUUGACCAACGCAGUGUACGGUUUAACACCUAUCUGUUAAAACCAAAGGUUGGCAGAGAAUUUUCAUGCACGAUUGCAUUAAUUUCAGUGGAAACUAUUUUAAUGCGAUUUUUAAUAUUUAAUAAUAUGUCUCAAUAAACUCCCUUUUUAUUCCUAACACUACUACAUAUAUUUGUUCUAGUUAUCCGUAACAUAGCCUUAGAAAGAAAGCUCAGAUCAUCAGACUCAGCCUCAUAUUAUUCUGCUAAUUUUAUAUAAAUAAAAUGUAUUAAUGGAAACAGGCUAUGCUUUUUUAAUGGAGGUAAAAUUACUUACUUAUGCAUUAUGCAUUUAAUUUUAAUUAUAUGUAAGCAAAAAUUAAUUUCAAUGAGAGAUAAGUUGAUUGUGUAAUCCAAAUUUCCAUUUAAAUUUAUUAAAAGUAAAAAUAUUUCAAUAAAUUUUGUAAAAUAAAAAUGUAAAAACAUGAUUUAAGACUAAAAUAUUCUUUUUAUUACAGUAAAUAUGUAUCUGGCAUAUGGGAAAGGGGGGAGGACUUGUUAAUCCAGACUGAUUGUCCAGUUCAAUCUAGCUAAUUCUACUGUAAAUUUGAAAAUAUUUAAUUUUAAUCAUUAAAUAAUUCUUUUCACAUAAUGUAUACCUCAGUUGAGAAUAUGUAACUAAAAAUAUAAAGUAGCAGGUGUCUUUGAAAAUAAUUUUUCUUCUCUCUCUCUCUCUUUUUUUUUUUUUUUUUUUUUUUUUUUUUUUAACCAUUGCAGCAGGUUACAAUUAAUAACUAGUAAUUACUAAUUCAGAAGUCAAACAACAAAAAUCAGUGUCAUAUUUUCAAAAUUUGUUAUUUGUUAUUUUCUGAAUUAGUAUUUGUUCGACGUAUUAUUGUGUCUUAAGUAGUAAUUAGUUGUAUGUUAGAAAUCAUUUGUCAAAUCUUGAUCAAUAAAAUACAUCUCAUUUCAAAAAGCAUAAAAUUUAGAUGUAAUUUAAAUCAAUUUGAAAAUAUGGAAUUUAUUUUGUAAAGAAAAUUCAUAAAAAAUUGUUUGAAAUAUUAAAUGGCAGCAGUAUUACUACUACUUAAUUUUAUGUAUUAAAGUGUUCAAAUCAGAUCUAAUCUAUUACAUCCUAUGUAUAUUUUCAUAGGGUAAUUUUAUUUGCCUCUAGGAGAAAAACUCAGCUGAGUGGUAACAUUCAAUAUUUGAUAGUAUUUAUCAAAUAUUCAGAAUUUUGUGGUAUUCUUUUGUUUUAAAAUGUCCUGCACACUGUGUGUGUCUUCUCAUAGGAAUUACAACUCAUUGUUAAUUUGUAUAUACUUCCAGUUUUUAUACUGAAAUUUAUGAAAUGAUCCUACUGAAUAAAAAGUAUGUCAUUUUUUUUU